AUGUUUUAUGGCACAACGGGUGUUGGGCUCAAGUGCCUAGACCCACUUUUCUUCCUCAUGAACCCUCUACCAAGUUACACUAUUCGGUUGCUUGAUGUCGUAUCUGGGCUGUCCACAUAUCAAGAUAGUGAAAAAUCAAGACUUGCCAUUGCCAAUUAUGUGCAGGGUGAGAUUGGUAAGGCGUUGAGUUUUGAAUGUCAGUCUUCUUCAACUCCACAAAACAGUCAAGAAAAUGAUGACGAAGAAGAAGAAGUGCUUGUUCAAGACCUUAGGGUUCCUCACCAUUGGUUGCUCCCUUCCAGGGCCCUGGAAGAAUCGAAGUGGCUCGAGGUUACCCUGCACAAAUGGUUGGAUGAUGAGUACUGCCCUGAGCAAACCAAUGUUGAAAUCAGCAAGGUUGCUGCUCAAUCAUAUUAUGAGUCUUUGCUAGAGAAACAAACAGACCUGGGUGUCAUCUUGUUGAACAUGGCUAGAAAUCUGGAGUCUAUUUCCUAUAAAGAAAGCUUUCAUGGGGCAUUUUCAUCAGCAAAUGCAGCUGUGAACUUGAUUGUCCAACGGAUAGAGCUUCAAGCACAAGGCCAGUUAAAGGCAGAAAAAUGCAGGUUCAGAAGCAACUCGUUUAAGCCACCAACUCCUACCUAUUUGGCAUUACUAAACAAAGGUGAGGUGGGUUCCUUUACAGCAUAUGAUUCGCCUAGGAAUCCUUUCUCUCCCCGUCUUCUAGGAGUUUUGAGAUUCCCCAUUGCAUUUGAUUAUCAAAAAGUUCUGAUUGAGCUUUGUAAAGAUAAGUAUCAAACCUUACCUGCUGGAAGCUUUUGCAAUAUGACGCUGGGACUGCACAGUAGGAGGCUACUUCCGAUUGCAAUGAGUGUGCCUCCUGGAAAACAUGUUCUUCGGAAGAUGUUUGGCUUUGCAGUUGGUUCCUUGCAGUAUGGUAGAUAA